CGGGAGUCCCAAGGGGGUGGAGGUGGCGUUGCCCGGCUCUCCGGAAGGAGACGUGGCGGCGGUUGGGCCCCGGGCUGCCUGGGUGCUUAGUAGUCCCGCCGCCUCCUCCUCCUCCUCCCCCUCCUCUCCUCUAUGGGCAGAGGAGGUUGUGGCGGUGGCUGGAGAAAUCGGCAGCGGAGGAUGGAGGAAGGAGGAGGCGGCGCGCGUAGUCUGGUCCCAGGCGGGCCGGUGUUAUUGGUCCUCUGCGGCCUCCUAGAGGCGUCCGGUGGCGGCCGAGCGCUCCCCCAGCUCAGCGAUGACAUCCCUUUCCGAGUCAACUGGCCCGGCACCGAGUUCUCUCUGCCUACAACUGGAGUUUUGUAUAAAGAGGAUAAUUAUGUCAUCAUGACAACUACACAUAAAGAAAAAUAUAAAUGCAUUCUGCCCCUUGUGACAAGUGGGGAUGAGGAAGAAGAAAAGGAUUAUAAAGGCCCUAAUCCAAGAGAGCUAUUGGAGCCAUUAUUUAAACAAAGCAGUUGUUCCUACAGAAUUGAGUCUUACUGGACUUAUGAGGUAUGUCACGGAAAACACAUUCGACAAUACCAUGAAGAGAAAGAAAGUGGUCAGAAAGUAAAUAUUCACGAGUACUACCUUGGGAAUAUGUUGGCUAAGAACCUUCUAUCUGAAAAAGGUAAUAUCUUAUAUUAUUCCACAGAUGAAGAGGCAGAUGAAAACGAAAAAUCAAAAGAGAUUCCCACUAAAAAUAUCGAAGGUCAGAUGACACCCUACUAUCCUGUGGGAAUGGGAAAUGGUACACCUUGUAGUUUGAAACAGAACCGGCCCAGAUCAAGUACGGUGAUGUACAUAUGUCAUCCUGAAUCUAAGCAUGAAAUUCUUUCAGUAGCUGAAGUUACAACUUGUGAAUAUGAAGUUGUCAUUUUGACACCACUCUUGUGCAAUCAUCCUAAAUAUAGAUUCAGAGCGUCCCCUGUGAAUGACAUAUUUUGCCAGUCACUGCCAGGAUCACCAUUUAAACCCCUCACCCUGAGGCAAUUGGAACAGCAGGAAGAAAUACUAAGGGUGCCUUUCAGGAGAAAUAAAGAGGAAGAGUUGCAAUCAACUAAAGAAGAGAGAUUUCCAGCAAUCCACAAACCCAUUGCUGUUGGUUCUCAGCCUAUGCUCACUGUUGGAACAACCCACAUAUCCAAAUUGACAGAUGACCAACUCAUAAAAGAGUUCCUUAGUGGUUCUUACUGCUUUCAUGGGGGCGUUGGUUGGUGGAAAUAUGAAUUCUGCUAUGGCAAACAUGUACAUCAAUAUCAUGAGGACAAAGAUAGUGGGAAGACCUCUGUGGUUGUGGGUACAUGGAACCAAGAAGAGCAUAUUGAAUGGGCUAAGAAGAAUACUGCUAGAGCCUAUCACCUUCAAGAUGAUGGUACCCAGUCAGUCAGGAUGGUGUCACAUUUUUAUGGGAAUGGAGAUAUUUGUGAUAUAACUGACAAACCAAGACAGGUCACUGUGAAACUAAAGUGUAAAGAAUCAGAUUCUCCUCAUGCUGUUACUGUAUAUAUGCUAGAGCCUCACUCCUGUCAGUAUAUCCUUGGGGUUGAAUCUCCAGUGAUCUGUAAAAUCUUAGAUACAGCAGAUGAAAAUGGACUUCUUUCUCUCCCCAACUAAAGGAUAAUAAAGUUUGGGGAAAGAAAAGAUCAUUGACAGUCAUGAUUUCUGUCUGACCAUGUGUCUCACUGUAGAGUUCCCAGCCGUUGAACCUCAUCUGAAGGAUCGUAUAAAAGGACUCUCAACCACUUUGUGAAUAUGUAUGUGUAUAUAAGAGGUUAUUGAUAAACUUCUAAGGCAGAUAAUUGUCUCACUUCUUUCAUUUCUCUUGUGUCCCAUGAACUGAUUGUGUUUUUUGCUUGGAUAAUGUGAUUCCAAAAUAAAUCUAAUCCAAGCAAUUUAGAGUCCAGCCUAAUGAAAUGUCAUAAUUGUACCUAUUGGAAGUUUUUAAUAGAUUUAUUAUGUAAAUUAUAGUAUAUAUAACUAGUUAAUGAAGUAAAGGUAAUGAAGAAGGAAACUGAUAGGAGGUUGUUUAAAUGGGAGACCAUGUAAAAUAUGUAAAUUCUAGUGCCUGAAAUCCUUUCAACAAAUUUUUAUUUAGCAACUGCUCUCUACCAGGUGUUAAGCUAGAAACUGGGCACAUGGUAGAGCCUCACAACAUUUAAGUUUUCUUCACUUCUGUUAAUCUCAAGAAACUCUUACUUGUAAUAGGUAGUUUCUCUCUUGGAACUUUUAUCUAUUUCUUUCUCCUUGAUGUGAAUGUGUUUUCCCCCAAGGUGUGUACCUGCUGUAGACAGAGAUUCCUCCCUCUUGACUUAGAAUGGUUUCCUCCAACAAAACACACUCUGCUGCAGCCAUUCUUUGUACCUCCCUACUGUAUGCUACAGAUUUUAGUUCUGGGCAGUUUUACAGCACAGUAUUUAUUUUAAAGUGAAUAAAAUGUUCACAAGCAGUGUUGUCAUGUA